GCCAUCGGAGCACCCCGAGCCUGGGCCCGCCCCGCGGGAGCUGCUGGAGGCGGGGCGGGACCCCCGAGUCCCACGGUUGAAAUAGGGGAAGGGCUCAACCGAUCCCUCCCCCAGGUGGCCGCUGCCUGCCGAGCGCCCCGCCGUGCCGCGCCGCCUGCGAGUCUUUUUUCAGAGUCUGAAGAGCUUGAGACACACUUGCCAGCUUCCCACUGCUCCCCUGCAGCAGCGUCUCGCUUUCAGCUUUCAGGUUAACUGAAAUCUGCAAACAUUCUCUGCUGCAAGAAAAAGAGGGUGAUGUCAUCAGAAGAUGAUGCUGGCGGGGAGGCUCCUGGGGGCAGUUUCUGGGAGGCUGGAAACUACAAGAGGACAGUGAAACGUGUGGAUGAUGGCUACCGGCUCUGCAAUGACCUCAUCUCCUGCUUCCAGGAGCGAGCCAAGAUAGAGAAGAACUAUGCCCAGCAGCUGACAGAAUGGUCCCGUAAGUGGAGGACCAAUGUGGAGAGAGGUCCACAGUAUGGUACUCUGGAAAAGGCCUGGCAUGCCUUCCUGACAGCUGCAGACAAACUGAGUGAAAUUCACUUGGCUGUCCGGAACCACCUGGCUGGUGAAGAUUCCGAUAAGAUCAAGGCCUGGCAGAAGGAGGCCUACCACAAGCAGAUGAUUGGAGGCUUCAAGGAAACAAAGGAUGCAGAGGAUGGGUUCCGCAAGGCCCAGAAACCCUGGGUGAAGAAGAUGAAAGAUGUGGAGACGUCUAAGAAAAACUAUCACGCAGCCCGGAAGGAGGAGAAAACGGCCCAUACAAGGGAGAACCAUGCCAAGGCAGACUCGUCUGUGUCACAGGAGCAGAUGCGCAAGUUGCAGGAGCGUGUAGAGAAGUGCACUCUGGAGGCUGAGAAGUGCAAGGAUCAGUAUGAGAAGAUGCUGGAAGAAUUGAAUCGCUACAAUCCCCGCUACAUGGAGGACAUGGAGCAAGUGUUUGAGGGCUGUCAAGAGGCAGAGCGCAAGCGAUUGUGCUUCUUUAAGGAGAUGCUUCUGAAUCUGCACCAGCAUCUCAACCUCUCCACCAGUGAAAGCUUUCAUGCAUUGUAUCGGGAUCUCCACCAAGUCAUCAUGGCUGCAGACAACCAGGAGGACCUGAAGUGGUGGCGCAACACUCAUGGACCGGGCAUGGCGAUGAAUUGGCCUCAGUUUGAGGAAUGGUCCCUUGAAACACAGAGGCAAAUCACCAAGAAGGAGAAGAGUGGCAAGAUGGCUGAUGACGUCACACUGACCAGCAUUUUGCCUACACGAGAUGGUGUUGUCUCACAGACCCCUAUGCAGACAAGGUUUUCCUAUCAAGAGGAGCAGAACAGCCUCUUCUAUGAUACCCUGAAGGCAUCAACCCAUGUGAAUGGAGGGAAGGAAGACAUUUCAGAGUGGUCAGAUGAAGACACUCCCAAGAAGUGCCUGGAUGCCAAUGGGCAUGAGGAAGACCUAAAGGUACCAGGUGUACGGGUACGAGCACUCUAUGAUUACACGGGACAGGAGGCUGAUGAGCUGAGCUUUAAAGCAGGUGAAGAACUAAUGAAGAUUAGUGAGGAAGAUGAGCAGGGCUGGUGCAAAGGCCGACUUCUCACUGGUCAAGUUGGACUCUAUCCUGCUAAUUAUGUUGAGAAGGUUGGAUCAUGAUUGCUGCUGCCCCACCAGUGCCUCACAGCCAUACCAGCGUCUCCUGCAGAGGUCACUGGGUCACUCCUGGCCCCAACCCACCUUUGCAGUAUAUCCAGCAGCUUCUGGACUUUAGAGGCAUAUAUUCCAUGUAACUCAUGCUUCAUUUUAAACAUCUAGGUCUGUAGGGAUUUUCUAAAAAAUAAACAAGGAUGAAUAAAAA